UUGAAGGAAUUACAACCAAAGAGAGGGUUGGACUGCAUAGCCCCGGAAAGAAUACGGCAACACCACAAGGAUUUUGUGAACAUACUAUAUUCGGUUUCUUUGGGGUUUCUUUCGAAGUUGUUUCUUUCAAGCAGCAGCUGUCUGCUUGAUGCAUCUCAAUCACGAUGUUGGCGCAUUAUCCAAAUGUGGAAAAAUCCCAGUUGGUCAGCUAUGUUGAAGAUUACCUUGAAUGUGUUGAGACUCUCCCUUUGGAAGUACAGCGGAAUGUUUCAUUGCUUUUGGAAAUCGACACAAAGUAUCAAGAGGUCCUGAGCGAGGUGGACGAUGUGUACGAGCGCUACAAGGGCGAGACGGACGCCGGCCAGCGCAAGCGGCUCCAGAACCAGCUGCAGCGCGCCCUCAUCAGCAGCCAGGAGCUGGGCGACGAGAAGAUCCACAUCGUCACCCAGAUGCUGGAGCUGGUGGAGAACCGCUCACGCCAGAUGGACUCCCACACGCACUGCUUCAGCGGCGACGCCAGCGAGGAGCGCUCCCAGGUGGAGAAGCUGCGUCACGACGGGCCCAGCAGCGUGGCAGGUGGGGCCAGCGGAGCCGUUGGAGGAAGUAGUGGUGGUGGUGGUAGUGGUGGUAGCGGUGGGGGAGGAGGAGGAGGCGGUGGCGGCGGUGGAGGGUCGACAUCGUCAGGGUCCCUGCCUGAGAGAUCUGCCCGCAGGCCGCGUCGCCAGCGCAACAGCGAGAGUCGGGACUCGUGCCACGGCGCCAACGGGGCACUGGAGGACACGUUGGAGGAGGCGUCCACCCCGCCGCGGGAGAAGAAGUCCAAGUCGGCCAAGAAGAAGAAGCGCACCAAGGCCAAGCAGGAGCGCGAGGCCUCGCCCGUGGAGUUCCCCAUCGACCCCAACGAGCCCACCUACUGCCUGUGUGAGCAGGUGUCUUACGGAGAGAUGAUUGGCUGCGACAACGAGCAAUGCCCCAUCGAGUGGUUCCACUUCACCUGUGUCGGACUUACUUACAAGCCAAAAGGCAAGUGGUACUGCCCCAAGUGCAGAGGUGACAAUGAAAAGACCAUGGACAAAAGCACUGACAAGCCUAAAAAAGACCGUCGGUCGAGGUAGUACCUUCUGGUGGAGUAAGUGUGUUCUGUUAUGUUUAAAGCUGUGAGUGAAACGGGAGAGAAUGGAAUGGGAAGAGAGUUGCGUAGUGUAACUGUGUCACAGUGCACACAAUCACAUUUGAGGGAGCACUGGACUGUGCCAUCAAGCUAUGGACCUAUCGCUGGGAGAUUUUACCCCCUGAGAUCUCUGCCAAGUAUGUUUUUCGCCAAAGGUUUUCAAACCGGUGCUGACACAAAACACGUUGGGAUGUACAGUGGAGUUGGUUAAACCAGGUGACCUCCUUAUUUUACCGUCAGAAGGACCAAGAGGAGACCAGAAGCUAGAAAUACUGCCACCCAAAAUUCUAUUUCAGAGAGAAUAUAAUAUCCAGUUCUUUACUCAACUUGGCAAAGAUUUGAUAGGAUGUACGUUGGUGUUGAGCGCCAUGUGAAAAGCCACCUAAGAGGUGGAAGCCUGCAGUGUUUUGACAGGGGUUCAACUUCUGACCGUUCUAUUGUUGCUAUGUUUUAUGGUUCUUGCACAAGGUUUAGAUCAUUAGAGUUACACUAUGUCUGAGCUCUUAAUUUCUUCUCAUCUCCUUAAAGUGGAAUACUGGUCAUCCUCUGUCUUCCGGACAAGUCAAUUCCACUGUUGCAUAUUUUGUGUUGUGAUGUUUGUAAGAGAUUUUCGAGUUUAUUGUAUUUAAUAAACCUGUGCUUGCAAUG